UAUAGCCAUGUGAAAAAUUAGUGAUUAUGUGACCCUUAUUUAAAUAUUAUAAUUUUAACAUCUCUUUCAUUAAAUUUAAGUAAUGUCUUUUCCAUCAAAUUUGUCAUAACUAUUACACUUAUCACUUUCAUCGCUUUCUCCACAGCUACCACCUGCUUCAUCUCCUAUUUCUACACCCACUGCAUUCCCACCUUUCACUUUCUCCACGGUUACCCCUGGCUUCGUCCCCCAUUUCUACACCGAUUAUACUCCCACCUUCAUCACUUUCUCCACAAUUUCCCCUUACUUCAUCUCCCAUUUUUACAUCUCCUCCAUCUCCCCUUUCCACACCCACUGAAUUCCCACCUUCAUCACUUUCUCCACACAUGUCCCUACAUUGACACCUGUUUCUACAUCCCCUACAUCAUCUCUUAUUCCCGCGCCCACAACAUUCCCACCUUCAUCACUUUCUCCACACGUCACCUCCAUUAUCCCCUGUUUCAUCUACCCCUACAUUCCCACCUUCAUCACUUUCUCCACAGUUGUCCCCUUCUUCAUCUCCUAUUUCUGCCCCUGCUGCAUUCUCACCUUCAUCACUUCCUCCACACAUGUCACCUACAUCAUCCCCUGUUUCUACACCCUCUUUGUCAUCUCCCCCUGCAUCACUUUCUCCACAGUUGUCCCCUGCUUCAUCUCCCAUUUCUGCCCCUGCUGCAUUCCCACCUUCAUCAAUUUCUCCACAGUCAUCCCCUGCUUCAUCUCCCAUUUCUGUCCCCACUGCAUUCCCACCUGCAUUACAUUUCCCAGAGUUGUCACCUGCAUUCUCACCUUCAUUACAUUCUCCAGAGUUGCCCCCUGCUUCAUCUCCCAUUUCUGCAACUGUACCGAGCUCUGCUUCUCCACAGAUCUCGCCCACCGUGGCGCCGCCUGAGAUUUCCCCUUCGCCGGUUUCUUUUAAGACAAGUCCAUCGCCUGCACAGGUGGCUCCCGACAUCUCACCAAUGCCGGCGACUCCACCCAAAUUUUCACAAGUUUUAUCUCCCGUUUCACCUGCAACACUUGAGGUAUGUUUAUAUUAUAUUAAUAAGCCUAUUUAGCAUUUUUCUCUCCACGUUUCUUUAGAGAUAAGAUGGUUACAGGUUCUUGACGAAUCUAUAAUGAAUUUGGUACUAAACAAAUAAUCGUAGGAGUUAUCAGCCAACCUGUGAUCAACAAACAAUGUUUAAAUUCUGUGUUCUUCAAGGUCGAUUAUUUUA